GGAACCAUAGUGGCGCAGUCGCGUUAGGAACAUAGGAAGUGUGAUUUGUUCGGUACAUAGGGCAACAUAUCUGUGUUGUGCCAACUAGAUAAUUGGUCCAUUUCAAAUGCCCUGCUUUAAUACAACUCAUUAAUAAAGAAGGCAUUUGUGCGAGAGCAAUGGCAGAAAAGGUCGACAGUGAUGUUGACUUAUCAGCUGAUUCUUCACCAGAUACUGGAGAUAAAGAUAAGGAUGACAAGAGGAGACUUCCAAGGACUGCUGAGAACGUCACUCACUCUGAACCUGGAUCUACAAUAAUAGAGGAUAAAGAGAACGUCAAUAACAUUGAGAAGAGAAAAAUAGACAACAGAACUGUGGCUACUUCAGAGACUAACAAAUCUAAAGAAACAGAGAAGGCAGGAGAUAUAAAUGAGAGAGGUGAUGGACUUAAAGACAAAGAUAAAGCAAAUGAGAUGGGUGAGGAUGAAGUCCAGGAUCGAGAUAGGAGCUCUGAGGCAGAAUCUAAGAAGCUAUCUACACCCAGUUCGGAAGAUGUUGACUCAUCUGCUGAUUCUUCACCAGAUACUGGAGAUAAAGAUAAGGAGGAUGACAACAGAAUUGUGGCUACUUCAGAGACUAACAAAUCUAAAGAAACAGAGAAGGCAAGAGAUAUAAAUGAGAGAGGUGAUGGACUUAAAGACAAAGAUAAAGCAAAUGAGAUGGGUGAGAAUGAAGACCAGGAUCGAGAUACGAGCUCUAAGGCACAAUUUGAUAAGGAAACUCCGCCCAGUUUGGAAGAUGUUGGCUCAUCUGCUGAUUCUUCACCAGAUACUGGAGAUAAAGAUAAGGAGGAUGACACAGACAAGAUGACAGAUUCCUGUCUGAGUGCUGAGAACGUCACUCACUCUGAACCUGGAUCUACAAUAUUAAAGGAUAAAGAGAACGUCAAUAACAUUGAGAAGAGAAAAAUAGACAACAGAACUGUGGCUACUUCAGAGACUAACAAAUCUAAAGAAACAGAGAAGGCAAGAGAUAUAAAUGAGAGAGGUGAUGGACUUAAAGACAAAGAUAAAGCAAAUGAGAUGGGUGAGAAUGAAGACCAGGAUCGAGAUAUGAGCUCUGAUGCAGAAUCUGCUAAGGAAACUCCGUCCAGUUUGAAAGAUGUUGACUCAUCUGCUGAUUCUUCACCAGAUACUGGAGAUAAAGAUAAGGAGGAUGACACAGACAAGAUGACAGAUUCCUGUCUGAGUGCUGAGAACGUCACUCACUCUGAACCUGGAUCUACAAUAAUAGAGGAUAAAGAGAACGUCAAUAACACUGAGAAGAGAAAAAUAGACAACAGAACUGUGGCUACUUCAGAGACUAACAAAUCUAAAGAAACAGAGAAGGCAGGAGAUAUAAAUGAGAGAGGUGAUGGACUUAAAGACAAAGAUAAAGCAAAUGAGAUGGGUGAGAAUGAAGUCCAGGAUCGAGAUACGAGCUCUGAUGCAGAAUCUGCUAAGGAAACUCCGUCCAGUUUGAAAGAUGUUGACUCAUCUGCUGAUUCUUCACCAGAUACUGGAGAUAAAGAUAAGGAGGAUGACAAGACGAGACUUCCAAGGACUGCUGAGAACGUCACUCACUCUGAACCUGGAUCUACAAUAAUAGAGGAUAAUGAGAACGUCAAUAACAUUGAGAAGAGAAAAAUAGACAACAGAACUGUGGCUACUUCAGAGACUAACAAAUCUAAAGAAACAGAGAAGGCAAGAGAUAUAAAUGAGAGAGGUGAUGGACUUAAAGACAAAGAUAAAGCAAAUAAGAUGGGUGAGGAUGAAGUCCAGGAUCGAGAUAGGAGCUCUGAGGCAGAAUCUAAGAAGCUAUCUACACCCAGUUUGGAAGAUGUUGGCUCAUCUGCUGAUUCUUCACCAGAUACUGGAGAUAAAGAUAAGAAGGAUGACAACAGAAUUGUGGCUACUUCAGAGACUAACAAAUCUAAAGAAACAGAGAAGGCAAGAGAUAAAAAUGAGAGAGGUGAUGGACUUAAAGACAAAGAUAAAGCAAAUGAGAUGGGUGAGAAUGAAGACCAGGAUCGAGAUAGGAGCUCUAAGGCACAAUUUGAUAAGGAAACUCCGCCCAGUUUGGAAGAUGUUGGCUCAUCUGCUGAUUCUUCACCAGAUACUGGAGAUAAAGAUAAGGAGGAUGACACAGACAAGAUGACAGAUUCCUGUCUGAGUGCUGAGAACGUCACUCACUCUGAACCUGGAUCUACAAUAUUAAAGGAUAAAGAGAACGUCAAUAACACUGAGAAGAGAGAAAUAGACAACAGAAUUGUGGCUACUUCAGAGACUAACAAAUCUAAAGAAACAGAGAAGGCAGGAGAUAUAAAUGAGAGAGGUGAUGGACUUAAAGACAAAGAUAAAGCAAAUGAGAUGGGUGAGAAUGAAGUCCAGGAUCGAGAUACGAGCUCUGAUGCAGAAUCUGCUAAGGAAACUCCGUCCAGUUUGAAAGAUGUUGACUCAUCUGCUGAUUCUUCACCAGAUACUGGAGAUAAAGAUAAGGAUGACAAGACGAGACUUCCAAGGACUGCUGAGAACGUCACUCACUCUGAACCUGGAUCUACAACAAUAGAGGAUGAAGAGAACGUCAAUAACACUGAGAAGAGAAAAAUAGACAACAGAAUUGUGGCUACUUCAGAGACUAACAAAUCUAAAGAAACAAAGAAGGCAAGAGAUAUAAAUGAGAGAGGUGAUGGACUUAAAGACAAAGAUAAAGCAAAUGAGAUGGGUGAGGAUGAAGACCAGGAUCGAGAUAGGAGCUCUGAUGCAGAAUCUGAUAAGGAAACUCCGCCCAGUUUGGAAGAUGUUGACUCAUCUGCUGAUUCUUCACCAGAUGCUGGAGAUAAAGAUAAGGAGGAUGACACAGACAAGAUGACAGAUUCCUGUCUGAGUGCUGAGAACGUCACUCACUCUGAACCUGGAUCUACAAUAUUAGAGGAUAAAGAGAACGUCAAUAACACUGAGAAGAGAAAAAUAGACAACAGAAUUGUGGCUACUUCAGAGACUAACAAAUCUAAAGAAACAGAGAAGGCAAGAGAUAUAAAUGAGAGAGGUGAUGGACUUCAAGACAAAGAUAAAACAAAUGAGAUGGGUGAGGAUGAAGUCCAGGAUCGAGAUAGGAGCUCUGAGGCAGAAUCUAAGAAGCUAUCUACACCCAGUUCGGAAGAUGUUGACUCAUCUGCUGAUUCUUCACCAGAUACUGGAGAUAAAGAUAAGGAGGAUGACACAGACAAGAUGACAGAUUCCUGUCUGAGUGCUGAGAACGUCAAUCACUCUGAACCUGGAUCUACAAUAAUAGAGGAUAAAGAGAACGUCAAUAACAUUGAGAAGAGAAAAAUAGAUGUUGACUUAUCAGCUGAUUCUUCACCAGAUACUGGAGAUAAAGAUAAGGAGGAUAACAAGAGGAGACUUCCAAGGACUGCUGAGAACGUCACUCACUCUGAACCUGGAUCUACAAUAAUAGAGGAUAAAGAGAACGUCAAUAACAUUGAGAAGAGAAAAAUAGACAACAGAAUUGUGGCUACUUCAGAGACUAACAAAUCUAAAGAAACAGAGAAGGCAGGAGAUAUAAAUGAGAGAGGUGAUGGACUUAAAGACAAAGAUAAAGCAAAUGAGAUGGGUGAGGAUGAAGUCCAGGAUCGAGAUAGGAGCUCUGAGGCAGAAUCUAAGAAGCUAUCUACACCCAGUUUGGAAGAUGUUGGCUCAUCUGCUGAUUCUUCACCAGAUACUGGAGAUAAAGAUAAGAAGGAUGACAACAGAAUUGUGGCUACUUCAGAGACUAACAAAUCUAAAGAAACAGAGAAGGCAAGAGAUAUAAAUGAGAGAGGUGAUGGACUUAAAGACAAAGAUAAAGCAAAUGAGAUGGGUGAGAAUGAAGACCAGGAUCGAGAUAGGAGCUCUAAGGCACAAUUUGAUAAGGAAACUCCGCCCAGUUUGGAAGAUGUUGGCUCAUCUGCUGAUUCUUCACCAGAUACUGGAGAUAAAGAUAAGGAGGAUGACACAGACAAGAUGACAGAUUCCUGUCUGAGUGCUGAGAACGUCACUCACUCUGAACCUGGAUCUACAAUAUUAAAGGAUAAAGAGAACGUCAAUAACAUUGAGAAGAGAGAAAUAGACAACAGAAUUGUGGCUACUUCAGAGACUAACAAAUCUAAAGAAACAGAGAAGGCAGGAGAUAUAAAUGAGAGAGGUGAUGGACUUAAAGACAAAGAUAAAGCAAAUGAGAUGGGUGAGAAUGAAGUCCAGGAUCGAGAUACGAGCUCUGAUGCAGAAUCUGCUAAGGAAACUCCGUCCAGUUUGAAAGAUGUUGACUUAUCAGCUGAUUCUUCACCAGAUACUGGAGAUAAAGAUAAGGAGGAUGACAAGACGAGACUUCCAAGGACUGCUGAGAACGUCACUCACUCUGAACCUGGAUCUACAAUAAUAGAGGAUAAAGAGAACGUCAAUAACAGUGAGAAGAGAAAAAUAGACAACAGAAUUGUGGCUACUUCAGAGACUAACAAAUCUAAAGAAACAGAGAAGGCAGGAGAUAUAAAUGAGAGAGGUGAUGGACUUAAAGACAAAGAUAAAGCAAAUGAGAUGGGUGAGAAUGAAGACCAGGAUCGAGAUAGGAGCUCUGAGGCAGAAUCUGCUAAGGAAACUCCGUCCAGUUUGAAAGAUGUUGGCUCAUCUGCUGAUUCUUCACCAGAUACUGGAGAUAAAGAUAAGGAGGAUGACACAGACAAGAUGACAGAUUCCUGUCUGAGUGCUGAGAACGUCACUCACUCUGAACCUGGAUCUACAAUAAUAGAGGAUAAAGAGAACGUCAAUAACAUUGAGAAGAGAAAAAUAGAUGUUGACUUAUCAGCUGAUUCUUCACCAGAUACUGGAGAUAAAGAUAAGGAUGACAAGGCGAGACUUCCAAGGACUGCUGAGAACGUCACUCACUCUGAACCUGGAUCUACAAUAAUAGAGGAUAAAGAGAACGUCAAUAACAUUGAGAAGAGAAAAAUAGACAACAGAAUUGUGGCUACUUCAGAGACUAACAAAUCUAAAGAAACAGAGAAGGCAAGAGAUAUAAAUGAGAGAGGUGAUGGACUUAAAGACAAAGAUAAAGCAAAUGAGAUGGGUGAGAAUGAAGACCAGGAUCGAGAUAGGAGCUCUAAGGCAGAAUCUGAUAAGGAAACUCCGCCCAGUUCGAAAGAUGUUGGCUCAUCUGCUGAUUCUUCACCAGAUACUGGAGAUAAAGAUAAGAAGGAUGACACAGACAAGAUGACAGAUUCCUGUCUGAGUGCUGAGAACGUCACUCACUCUGGAUCUGGAUCUACAAUAAUAGAGGAUGAAGAGAACGUCAAUAACACUGAGAAGAGAAAAAUAGACAACAGAAUUGUGGCUACUUCAGAGACUAACAAAUCUAAAGAAACAGAGAAGGCAGGAGAUAUAAAUGAGAGAGGUGAUGGACUUAAAGACAAAGAUAAAGCAAAUGAGAUGGGUGAGAAUGAAGACCAGGAUCGAGAUAUGAGCUCUGAGGCAGAAUCUAAGAAGCUAUCUACACCCAGUUUGGAAGAGUCACAACAACAUAAGUCUUCUGGAUUUCUACGAGAAAGACAACCACAGAUCAGAGAUGCAGGAAAUGACAAGCUGAUAUGGAUUUGUGCUGCUGCUGUUGUCCUUCUUGCAUAUGUGGUUUAUUGUAAACUAUAUUUUUCUGACUCCACUCCACCUGUACCAAAAAAGUUUAAUGUGGUGGACGUGUUCAAUCAGGAAAUGGAAAAACUUCAGACUAGCUUUCCAAAUCAGCGGACAGAAUUCUGGAGGAGGAGUAUGAUUCAUCUUAGACGCCACCUAAAAACUGAGCAGCCCACAGAACCCGUCAGCCUUAUUCUAACGUCUGGUCACAGGGCUGAAAAGACACUUGGUUGUCUGGCUCAAUGCUUGGCUCAUGCUUUUUCCACUGCCCGUAACUCAUCAGCUCUGAACAUUAAUGGAAAAGACAAAGCGUCACAAGACAGUGAUCAGGUCAAGCUGGACAUUGAUAGUGAGUUGAGAAAUGCCUUUGAGGGUAAAAAGUUUGCUGCGGUAAUCCACCGAUUUGAGGAGCUCCCUCCUGGAUCCACUCUCAUCUUUUACCGAUACUGUGACCAUGAGAAUGCGGCUUAUAAAGAUGUCUUCCUGGCCUUUACUGUAAUGAUUGAUACAGAAGUGGAAGUGCCAUCCAAUGUCAGUUUAGGAAGAGUUGAGGAGAUGGUUCAAGAGCACGUAACACAGAAGUUUGUCUCCUCAGACAAGUUAGCUACGUUUAAUCAAAUGGAUGUGGACAAACUGAGUGGACUGUGGAGCAGAAUUUCACAUCUUAUCUUGCCAGUGGCUGCAGAAGAGAAAAUUGAACAUCAGGGCUGUGGUGGGGACUGUGGUAAAUCAUUUUGAAAUGUUUUUUUAUUACGACUUUAAAUGUUAUACUCAUGAGUUGCCUCACUAAUGAGGGCAUUUGAACACAAAUCAUACUUUGAAUUUUAAAAAAAGAUUCAUAUUUGCACGUGCUGCUGUAUAAAUGAUGGUCCUCACAAUUUGCUUUCUUUCACACUAAAUAAAUUCCCAGAUUUAUAUUUUAUAGAAGGAUAAAACAAAGUAAUUUUCCCAUUUGUAUUGCUUUUCUUUGUUUUCAUGUAGAUCUUUUUGUAUCUAAAUUAUGUCUUACAUUAAAGUUAUUUUUAAUCUGUAAAUCUGUUAUUUUUAAUCUGUCUUGGUUGACAUUGGAUGAACGUGUAAUAUAUUCGAUGAAUUGUUGAGGUAUUCUUUCUUUAAAGCUUUAUUGGAUAAAAUAAACGUGCCUUAAUAAAUGCA